CACGCGUCGCCAUGGUGACCGACGGCAGCGUCAGUAUGGCCUCAAUACAACUCUUGUUGGCUCAGGGAAUGUAUCAAAUAAUUGUAUUUUAAAGUGAGCGGUAGGAAUAAUUAUUUCUUAAGACUACGAUAAUAAUAGCUAGUCACUGAAAAAUGUCAUGAAACUGUACAAAAGUUUUACAAUGGUACAUGUUAAUAACGCACAAAAGGUGAAUCACAAGUCCAGCCUCACCACCCCACCAAAGUUCAUAUGUUUCAGGUUUAAAAUAAAAGUGCCAAGUAAAAAUGAUGGAAGAUGUGAACGCUGAAUGUAAAAAGUUCUGUAUAGAGUGGGCCAACUUCCACAAAGUGACUCGGGUAUUGGUGAAAGCAAUACGGAGGAUACACCACGGAGUGCGGGCAGAACACGCACAGCUCAAGGGAACUAUAAAGACUUCGGGUUUAAAAUCAAAGGUGUUGGCUAGACAUGAAACUGCUUUUAAGAAAGUUAUUUUGGGUCUUAGAGAUUAUGCAGCUAACUUUUUGGAAAUGGAAGAACAGUACCGACAACUCUUAAAAUCUCGUAGUAAGUUCUGUAAGAUUCAGUUUGCUAGAGUGGGGGAAAGACGUAGCCAAGUGGAGGUUCAGAGAGACACAAUAUUGUUUUCUAUCGAAAGUUUAAUAAAAGCUCAGUUGAAAAUUAUAGCAGGAAAUUUUAGUGAGAAGUCUAAAGUACUAUCAGAAGCUGGUAUUUUUGAAGUCAUAGCAGCAUACAAUGAAAUACUUGUCAAAUUAAAGAAUAUCAUACCUAAGAAAGAAGAAGAAUUUGAAGAUGAAGAGGAAGAACUCGAUAGUGAUUCCUUGUACAGAACUCUGAUGCCUGAUAACUUAGUUCCUCCACUGUCUUGCUUAAAACAAAUGACAGCCUCAAAGAUUCUUCAGACUAUAGGGAGAGAGAGAGCACCUCAUGUGACUAAUUGCAUUGCUGAUACUCUAAUGCUAGAAUUUAAAAUGCCAGUUGAAAAUGGGACAGUAUUGCCAUGGAAACCAUUAAAUUAUAGAAGUGGUAAAUCUGGUUUGGUCACGGGAGAUAUAUUUGAAGAUGCAAUUGCUAAGGAAGAAGAUGAAAAUAAGAUAAACCAGCAAAAAUUAGACUUAGCUCUAAGAAUGGAGUUUGGAGAAGACUUUCCUGGGACAGAUUAUCUGCCAGCCAAUGAAGCCGGGGAUGUCACUAGCCCAGUGUGCUGUUCCAAAGUUGACUCUCUGAUUAAAGCUAACUCAGAGCUGCUGAACUUACUCGUUGAGAAGUUUACAAAGACAACAGGAGUUCUCAUCAAAGGCAUGGUGAAGCACGGCAAAUCUGGUGAGAAACGUUUAAGCAAAGCUGCAAGAACCCGAAUUGAAACUUACUAUGUGGAGAGAGUUUGGGGUGAAGGUUCAGAGUUUGUAGAGGAACUGGUGCUGUGGGUUCCUCCCCCAGCCAGACCACCACCCUUCCCACCCCCAGCACUUCUCACUCCUCUCAAGAUCUUUCAAGUACUCACUAUCUUCCAGCAGUAUUGUAAUAAAGCUUUAAUCCCCGAGUCCUGUUAUACAAGUUGUGAAGGUGUUGUUGAUGAGUGUCGACACCUAGCCACGACUUCAUUUGUAGACCGGGGUUUAGUACGCGGUAUUGGCGCGUAUGCCACCUCCUCUCCUCGGCCUUACAAGUUACCCGAUGGAAAUUUCUCCACUGUAGGCGGUGAUGGCAUUGGAGAUGUUGUUCAGUUAUUAGUCUGGGAAAUCAAUGAGAUAGAACGAGCUGAGGUGGAGAAGGAACCUAAGGACUGGCCAGUGGGUGAUGAGGUAGGGCUGCUUCUUAGGCUAGGAGGAGCUGUUAGUUCGAUGUUGUGUUGGCUGCAGCUCCGUGCCACACACCUCCUACACACGUGGAACACAGCACCAUUCUACCUCCUCACUCAGGCUGACCUACCCAGAAUUAUUGAAGAACUCAAGCUGCUAAGAAUUCAAGAGAGAGACAACCUUAUCAAAACAGACGACAUGGCUCGCCUGCUGUACGCCACGUACCGUGACAAACUGGUGAAGAUAAUUGAAAUAGUAGUUGAGAAAACAAAGGACUAUGAAGAAGAGACAGUGGAAGCAGUUAGUGCAGUUUGUCGAACUGUGAGUCUAGCCCAGUUGCAGAACUCCAUGCCCAAACCAAGGAUCUGGCGGGGGAUUGGUCGUAUACCACAUGAACCACAUUGUUAUGUCUACGAUUAUAUUGCUGCAGUCUUAGAACCUGUGCUAGAUGCUGUAACCAAGCUUGGUGUGAUAUUGCAGCGACGUGCAGGAGCGACCAUAUUGAAAGUUGUUUGUUAUGCAUGGUUGGAACACAUACGCGUUCAGAAGAUCAAGUUUUCACUCUGGGGAGCACAACAGUUACUCAAAGAUUUUCAUGCACUAGCAGAAUGGCUACAGAAGUAUCCAGGUCUUGCACCAGAAGCUCGAACUCAGGUUCUGGCAGUGGAUGUGCUGAGAGAGUGUGAGGGUGUGGCAAGGUUACUCAUGAGACAGCCACCAUUGGUUGUAGGAUAUACUUCACAAAACCAGGUGGCACCCAUGGGCCCUAUCAGUGCAGGUCGCAAACAUGACAAAGAAGUAAAGUUAAGUCCAGACAAUGACGACAUCCCAGCAGAAAUGUAUGUUCCAAACCAACAGCUGUGGCUGUCCCUGAGAGCACGACCAGCAUCUUCCGUCUGCGUCAAGAUGGGUUCCUGUUGUUCCUGGCCUUAUUAACCAAUAGACAAGAUAACAUGGAUUUUUAUACAAUUUGUUAUAUUGAUGGCACACCUGUCUAAUAUGUCUUAAGUUUCAAUUGGUUCUACUCCUCAACUUCCUCUGCCAAUUUUGGUCAGGAACAACCUUCUCACUGAAUUUUAGCAAUGGUCACAGAUACACAAUUUAAUGUACUCUAUUUGCAUUCUAAGGAAUUUCUUUGAAAGUUAUUUUAUUAUUAUUAUUAUUAUUAUUAUUAUUAUUAUUAUUAUUAUUAUUAUUAUUAUUAUUAUUAUUAUUAUGAGAUCAGUUAUCUCUUGUCAGUCAAAUGGUAUGGUUGAAAAUUAGUGUGGAAAGAUAAUACCUUAUGUGUGUUGAUUUCCAGCACAAGCGGUCUGGCCAGUGUGAGUGCUCAGGAUCACGGGAGAUGUCUCACUCCCCUCUUAAUAGCACAGGUAGCAUAUCAUCGACCAGCAAAAGGGUUAACUCAAAUUCACUGGGAAGUCCCAAAUGUAGAUGCUGCCAAGUAUGAGUCAAAAGUCCCACUGCAGUUUCCUCCAUUCUUGUUAAGUGCACCACCUUUACCCUUGUAAGUACCCACAGUAAGCUAUUUAGCCAAUCAAUUAGAACAAUACAUUCCAUCUUAAUUGCAUUAGUCGAUUUAGUCACCACCAUACAGUACUUGCAUUAUCUGAUACGUUCAACAAUGAUGAAGUCUUUCUAAUCUUCAUUUUGUCAAUCACUUUCUUCACCAAUUCUCUUUCAAUCCUUGGGCAUGGUCCCUGUACUGGAUCUGCUGCUUCUACAUUGCCCUUGUCCCAAUCAAACAUCUCAUUCACCAGUACAGUAUUUUCUUUUAAGUCUCCUUGAUUUCUUCAUUAUCAAGAACAACAUUUCCAUAGUCAUUUCACAUAAGUACAUCCUUGUAUUUACCCAUUAUCUGCCCUCUAUUCUGUAUACAUCUCCUCUAGCUUCUACACUAUUCAUCUUAUCUUAAGUGCAUCCUGCUCACACCUCUUGGCCUCCAGGUAAGCUUCCUUAACACUACAUUCCAUAAAAGGCCCUGUACAAUUUUCUUUUAUAUCUCUCUCCAGUUAACACUUCGCUAAACGGACGAGAAGCCCAUCAAAGUUUUAUGUAUACAGGUAUCCCCUGUGAUAAGAGCGAGAGAUCGAUCCCUCGACAACAACUGCCAUGGAUCGGUUCUCAAGGAAACUAGAAAUUAGAAAACUAAGUGGGGUAGAGAAACUAUAAGAGGGAAGUUUAGAAAGGAAAGACUUAUGCCAUACUUUGUUUGGAGAUGUGUAGGGCCAUGACGAAAGUUUCCCCAUAAUCCCUAAGAGAGGAUGACCAAAGAUGGGUGCAGUAGGAGAGCAGAUCACCAGUAGAUCUUGCCUGCCAAAAGCCAUACUGGUGAUCCGACAAAAGAGAAAGGCUUUCAAGGUGACGGAGAAAAUGAGUAACUUGCUUCGAUAAUCUUAUAGAGGGAUUAUAAUGGUCACCCUUCUUCGGGAUGGGCUGAACCAAGGCAUGCUUCCAGAAAGAAGGAAAAGUUUGGGUUUUGAGGCAAAGGCAAAAGUGGCGAGCAAGCACAGGCCAGAAUUUCAACACACUCCCUCAGUAGGUUCAGUAGGAGGGGCAGGAGUCGGGGGAGGUAAGAGUUGGAAUUGUCUAAAGUGGAGUUAGAAGAGAAUAAGGUGCCAAAGAGAUUGGCUUUAUCAGGGGGAGAGUUGGCUCUAGAGUUAUCAGGUCAGAAGAGAGGAGGAAAAGAGGGAGUGCAGAAGUUAUUACAGAUGUUUUUGAU